UGAUAUAUAUAGUAGCCAAGUUAACCAACCCAUUGUUUUAUGCUUACCUAUGCUACAUAAAAGAGGUGUGUGGGCCACUUGGUAAAGUGCCAGUUGAGAAAACACUGCUAGCUCCAACCUUGCGUGUGGCCGUCUGAGUUUGUCUGAGUAAGUUGCGCCAACGUCUAGAACUGACCUACCGUGUUUGUCAAACCUCAUAACCGGAGUGACCAUGUCCUGUUCCUUGGCACUAAGGACGAUCCUUGCCCGCUUGUUGUUCGGCUCGGCUGUGGCACUGUGCUACUGGAGGGUUUUUGUGAUGGUGACCGACCCCCCACUGCACCUCAGCUGGCCGAUAGUGUUGGGAGCAGCUCUGAUAUUGGUGGAGAUGUGUGUCGCCUUGUACAGAGGGAAAGAAGACUGGAAAUGGUUCAGCCCUGCUGUGUUCCUGUACCUGGCCUCCACCAUCCCCUCCGUCUGGCUCCUGGAGAUGACACUGCACCGGGAACGAGUCCAGCUGAGGGAAAACGCCACGUCCCAACACCAGGAGACCAUAAGGGUCGGAGAGCUCUCGCUUGAAGUGAAUGGGGAAGACUGGGUAAGAGCUCUGGAGCAAGUCAUCUUCCUCACUCUCAUCCUUGGCAGGUGGGUGAUGCCUCGGAGCGCCCUGUCACGUGACCAGCUCUCCGAGCUCCUAUUGGUCUACGUCACAGCUGGGGCGGACAUCUUGGAAUUGUUCAGCCUCCUGGAUGAAGAUAACAUCAAGUACAAGGAAAUAUACAUCUAUCCAAUCUUGGGUUUGUUCACACUUGGUAUGGUCCAGUUCCCGAUCAUGUUCACCUCGUUUCAUGACAAACCACUACCAAAGUUGAUCAAAAACAACUCAGUAUCACCAGUGGAAGACCCCAAUGCGAAGAGCACCAACCGUUUAAACAACAACUGUUGCGGCUGCUGCACUAAAGAAGUCAUCGGUAUUUUCAUGACUCUGCUGAUGCAGGAUGGACCAUUCCUCGCGCUUCGAUUGUAUUUCAUGAUCCAAGAGAGAAUCUUCCACAACCUGAUGGUGUUUUUCGUAGGGAAGAAUUUCGUUGUGAUCGUGCUCCAGAUUUACAGGCUUGUUUCGAUCGCGUGCUACGAUGAUGAUGAUGACAAUGAGGAUGACCAAAAAAACACUGUGAAAGACAAUGACAGUGACGCGGAUGUGACAGUUCUGCAAGCAUGAAAAGUAGCUAACCAAUAGCUACGUUAAGAAAAAAGAAAUCACCUACGAUUUCUUUUCACUAUAAAAAUUUUACUUGCCAUAUAUAAUAAGUGCUGUAUUGUAUGCUUGACACUGUAUUUCCUACAAUAGCGGGACAAUUAAGUUAUUAUACAUAUGUUACAUGGAAUUUCCAGUAGUAUUAUUUAUGUACAAUGAAUUUGAUAUACUGUAAUAUAAAGUCUGUACUUGAUUGUAAAAUUUGCAGUGUCUAUAUAAUUAGAAGUCAGCAUAAAUUUUGGUUGUGUUGGGGUUUGAGUGAGCAUGUACACUAAUAAAGAAAUUACGUGUUUGUUUUUUUUUCUUUUCGUGUAAGAGGCAUUUAAAGUGAAGAACAGAUGCAAUGAAGACACCUACUAGACAAUGACAGAAUCGCACACUCCGAGAAAAUCACUACUGUGGUGUUUCUACUUGGUUUGUUUCUUCUCUCUUGCCUGAAUUUGAGAAAGUGCGCCAGUCUUUUAAACAAGACAACAGAGCACCACUCAUGAUUUUAAAAGGCACGUAUUUCCUUACACUUAAGACGUUUACAAUAUAUCCGGAUCAUUUCUUCUGAAUGCAUAAGGAAAUCCUAACAAGAAAGGAAAACCUGGGGGUGCAGUCACUUCUCAAGUUACAACAUAAACAGUCAGGCGUGACAUAUCUGUGUAAUAAACAGGUUCAAACACAAGCACAUGUGUAAUACAAACCGGUAACAUUAUCUUCAGAAAAGGGCCUUUUUAUACCUACCUAGACCUUACAACACAUGUCAAUGGGGCCUUAAAAGUAGCUGUCUAAAUGGCAUGCAAUGUGAUAUACUGACUACCUUUGACAGUUGACUGGGUCAAACAAGAGUU